GAUCGAUGCUCAUGACAUCAAUCACUGGAUUGUCUGGUCCAGACUCGAUUAUUAACAGAGCGCCGUCAUAUAGCUCGAAUAUUGCUGAGUGCGGCAUUAAAAAAACACAACAACAACAACAACAUGAUGUCUAAUCUAUCCUGCUGCUUACAGUAUCAAUCAUGAUGUAGAUUGUGCGCACCUUUUGUGUCUUUUUUCACGCAAUGAAUUACACUAUGGAUAUUUAGCAAUGUUCAGUAUCACAUAUUACGUAGAUCUAGGCCACACAAUGAAUAAACCUUCGUUUGAACAUCAUUUACAUACCAGUUAAAAUGUCUUAACUUUAGACAAUUGUUAGAAGAUGAAAUGUAAAUGUAACUGCAAAAUGUACGUCUUCCCUUUGGAGGGUAAUAUUCAAAAUUGUAUCAGUGAAUAGCCAUUUCAUUUCUUCCCAACAACAAACUGAAAGUAUUUCUAUGAAAUAUAUAUGCAACCAUUUGUAGGGUGAAUUGUCUUUGUCUUGGAAUUGUUUUGACCGUUUGAUUGACAGACUAUUGAUGCACUGUAUAACGAUUCAUCAGCUGCGCGUUAGCUACAAACGAUUAACGAAUUUUGUAUAAUAUUUUCAAUUAUUUCAACCUUUUUAUAUAUUGUGAUCACAGGAUAUUCUCUGUUUACUUCAUUUUUACAUGAAUUGUUAAAAAUGAAUAUAAACUGCCAUGAUAAUUCCAUACAAGAAGAAGCAUUUUCACAUCUUUCGUUCUAUAUUCAAGACAUUAUUUGCAUCAUCGUAUCAAUGUCGUCUUUCUUCGCGGACGUCGCCAAAGACAUACAAUAAGCCAUGACGCCAAAAAGGUGUCAAAAUAUUAGUAAUUCAUUGCAUUUGAUGAUAAGGCUAGUACUCCAUUCAUCAACACUUGUUAAAUUGCACUUACACAAUCAGGCAAAUGUGGGACUCUAAGGACAAAUUUACAUGAUUGAUGAGGUCAUCCAUUUGACUAUUACUUCCUUUUUAUGUAGUACGAUUUCCUUAUUUCGUGUGUUAAUACCUAAACAAGUAGAGUCACAAUAUUGAUAUUUGCGUUGGAAUAGUUUGGUUCCUCGUGAACAAAGCAUUACAAAUAUAUGUUGUCCUUAGCCACAGCAAAUUUUCACCAAGUGAGGUGAAUUACAAUGAAUUAGUGCAGAGCAUAGCUGAGUUAUGUCCCCUUUUCUGGACUAUCGCGCAUAUGAUCAGAGACCUUUUACAAAAUCAACAUCCGUGUUCUGAAAACGUAGUCACUGCCUUUUAUAUAUUAAAAUACUCUUUUUUUUGUGCCUAAAUGUAGUGUCCUAAUGUUAAAAACUGCAGAUGAGAAAAGCAUUUAUGCUAGGAUGGUAAACAGUAUUCGACUUUCCGAAAAGUCAAGUUCAAUGAGAGUUAUCCGUCUUGAGUUGGAACUCUUCAAUUGGCUGGAUGAACUUCCGCCGAGUACUGUCAACUUCCGUCGAAAACAGCGCGCUGCUUCGAAGCUGUCAAAAUGGGGAAGCAAUACUGCUGUAUUUGUAGCAAUUUUAGGGGAAAGAUAGUCGGUGAAAGAAUAGUAUCUCUACACGUCAUUCCAGUAAGCAAGUCCCUACGACAAGCGUGGAUAAGGCGACUUCGGUUAGUGAGAAAAGACCUCACAGUGACCAAGCACACGGAAAUAUGCUCAGAACAUUUCGUGGGUGGUAACGGUCCAGGCAUAGGGCAUGAUGUUCCAUCGAUUUUUCCGAAGAAAAAUUACAGUACUUGCACAGUGUCUGAUGCUGACUUUGUUGAUACCUCGAAGCCAAAUGAAAGCCCAUUCAAGCAGGCCUGUGACCCUGAAUCUCCCAAAGUGACUUUGCAGGUACAUGGAGGGACUCCUCAGUCUGAUGAAAUUGAACAUCAUUCCACAACAUUCAGUCAAGGUGCCAGAUCCUAUGACGUUGCAUCAAUUAUGCUGCAUGACUACUGUGAGGCUGUGUGUGAAGACGACAUCAGUUGCAUGAGAUAUGGAUCAUCGCAAACAGAAAUGGUGGAAGUUAGAAGCAUGUCUACUCAAACUGACGAUGUAAUGUUCCAGUGUUUAAAUCCUGUGAAAACAUCCUGUGCAAUGACUCAGACUGAGACUGAAAAUAAAAAAGUCUUUCGCAAUCAAGCCACUCAAGUCAAACUUCCUGAUUUAACAUUUUUUGAUGUGAAGAAUGAUUCAGAAUUGGUAACCUAUUAUACAGGUCUUGUGGAUGCAGAAAAGUUUUCAUGUUUAUUUGACGAGUUUUCUGAGGUUCAUGACAGGGACUAUCCAACAUCCAAUAUCGGACGCCCUAAAUCUUUGUCUUUGAUAGACGAGUUCUUUCUAGUGUUGAUGCGUCUUAGACUUGGACUCCUAGUUGUUGAUUUAUCAAAGCGAUUUCAUAUUUCCAGAAGCUGCUGUGCUGAUGUCAUUAAUAGAUGGAUUGAUAUUUUGUACAACAAUUUAUCCUUCCUAGUUGUCUGGCCAUCAAUGGAUACUAUUAAUACAACUAUGCCUCAAGGUUUUAAAGAUCUGUAUCCAAAUACAAGGGUUGUUAUAGAUUGUACAGAAUUAUUUACAGAAAAACCUUACUCUAUUGGUAAACAGUCACAAAUGUACAGUCAUUAUAAAAGUCACAUAACAUUUAAAGCGCUUGUUGGUGUCACUCCAAAUGGUGUUGUUAGCUUUGUCUCUGACUUGUGGUCAGGAGCUAUAAGUGACCGGCAAAUAACAGUAGAAUCCGGACUUUUAGAUUUGUGUGAUGUAGGUGAUGCAAUCAUGGCGGAUAAGGGAUUUACAAUCUCAGACUUGACAACACCAAGAGGUAUACUCUUAAUAAUUCCACCAAAGAAACAUAAGAGAAAACAGCUGACUGCUGUAGAAAUUGAACAAACUAGGAGAAUAGCGAACUUGAGAAUCCAUGUUGAAAGGCACAUGGAACGUGUCAAGAAUUUCAGAAUUUUGCAGGGUAUAAUUCCAAUUACAAUUUCAAAAUCUGUAAACAAAAUCUGGAAAAUCUGUAAUGCUUUGACUACUCUGCUUCCCCCUCUUUAUCCUCAUGACCAAGAAAUUGAUGACAAUUACUUCUUUGAUGACAGUUCCUUGCUUGCUCUGUAAUUAGUAGGAUUAGCAUAAUCUUAUUGCAGCUCCAGAUGUGAAUGGUCACAUGAUAUUUUCUGCUGUAUUUAAACUUAAUAAUCAUGGUAUCAUGAUAACAAUUUUGUAUUGAAAACAUUGAGCCAAAUAAGUCUAGACAAAUAAGUCUAUUUUUGUCCAAUAUGACUAUUGACAUUACCACCUACUGGUUGUCUAUUUUUGUUUUACUUAUUGAAUCAAAGCAUUGAUAUAGAAAUCCUGACUCUUCAUAUAAGUAGCAAGUUGACCAAAGGGGGAAAAUUAAUCAGCCAACCAUUCUGUCAUUGAGACCGUGCGGGUGGAACGUUUUUAGCUCAAAUAUCCACCUCAGUUCAAGUGCUCUCCUCUUAACUGUGGUGUCAGUAGACUCAGGGUUUUCCUUGAGCUGUGCUAUGAUGUUAUAUCUAACAUCUUUGGUGCUGUGAUCAUCACUAUUGAAGUGAUUAGCUACAGGUUUGUCUCUCUUGUAGCUGAUGUCUGCAAAGUGUUCUUUCAGUCUAGUCUGAAAUUCUCUUUUGGAUUCUCAAACGUAUUGUUUCUUGCAUUUGUUACAAGUUAGCAAGUAAACUAUGUUUUUACUUGUACAUUCAAACUUGUGGAUUUUGAAUGUUUUGCCUAAUGUCGAGCUGCGAAACGUAUGUGUUUUACCUAAGGAGUUGCAGAUUUUGCAUCCUUCUCUUUUGCAACUCUCAUUUACGAAGUUGACUACCUUGCCGCUAAUUUGCGGUUUGGUGGGUGGGUGGGUAGUGUAGUACUGUCCUGAAGUAAGACAAGUUCUAUGGAUGAACAACUUCUUUAUUACAAUUAGUGCGACGUUUCGGUGUAGAUCCUAACACCUUUAUCAAGCAAGUGAUGGAUAGGGCUAAACAACAUAGGUAUAUAUACACUUAUUGACAUCUAAGUUGUUACAGUGACUAGUUGAUGGACACAGAGAGGUGAUUAAGCUAAUUGGAAGCCAGUGGAUGACUAAUGAACACAGAGUAACUAGCAGAGUAAACAAGCAGACUGAUGUUAAUUUUAUAUUACCAAGUUUGUAAAAAUCAUUGGAGACUGCUUUGAUAAACGACUCUAGUGUUGGGUCGGUAUAAGGUCUAGGGGUGUAAGUGCUUUUGGGACCGAAUUUGUGAUCCAGUGUGUUUUGGAGCGGGUGUGAAGUGCCAUCAAUGGAAGAAUCAUGGAAAAAAUGAGUGAGACAUAAUUUUCUGAAAAAUUGUUUCAGGUCGGAAAAGGUUUUACUUUUGUCAGUAAAUCUAGGGGUGGGGCUAAAAGUGAGUCCCUUGUUAAGAACCUCUUAUUCAGAUGGAUUAAGGUCAUAAUCGGAAAGAUUGAUAACAAAGUUGUCAUGAUAAGAUUCACCAGUUUUAUUAUCUGAGUUAUUGUUCAGAUUCAGAUUAGAAAGUUUAUUGCACAAACUGUUGUUGUUGAAGUUGAGGUGUUUCGACAACAGCUCUAGGGCCCGUUUGAGGUCCCGCGAAUUGUUUCCUUGAUUGCCCCUGUCGGGGCGGAAGUUCUGUCGUGGUCUGCGUAGUCCACGAGCUCGAUCACGUGAUGGUUGUCUCGAGGGGCGAAACUUGGGAGAUUUGGCCCGUUUCUGGGUCGGGGUCCCUUGCACGUAUAGUUUGGCGGCGAAGGGGUCAGAUUUGAUAGCCGCCUGUUGUAGGCUAACAAAUCUGGUGUUGAAUUUUUCAUGUGUGGACUUGUGCUCUCUGUCUUUGACUGCUUGACAAGCAGUGUUGAUGAUGUUUUGAGAGUGUUGAUCCGCUUUGGAGAUAAUUUUAUCUUCCAACAGUUUCACUGAUUCGUUGACGGAAACAAGCUGGCGUUCUAAAAGUUCUUUUUGUGUACUCAUGAGUGUGAGUUUAUCUUCAUAUAAGAACAUAAACAAUUUCAUGUUUUAGCUGUGACAGCAGGAUCAUAGUCCCAUGGUUCUAAUUUUUGUGACAAUAACUAAAAAUGAAAGAAAUAAACGCUUGAUGAUUUUCUUAAA